AUGGAGUCACUCUUGUUACCAAUGCUGCUGCUGCUGGCUGUAUUGUGGACGCAGGCGGCUGCCCUCAUUAACCUCAAAUACUCGGUAGAGGAAGAGCAGCGUGCUGGGACUGUGAUCGCCAAUGUGGCCAAGGACGCACAUGAGGCAGGCUUUGCGCUGGACUCACGACAGGCCUCUGCCUUCCGUGUGGUAUCCAACUCAGCUCCGCAUCUGGUAGACAUCAACCCCAGCUCAGGUCUGCUGGUCACCAAGCAGAAGAUCGACCGCGACCUGCUCUGCCGCCAAAGCCCAAAAUGUAUCAUCUCGCUAGAGGUCAUGUCUAGCUCUAUGGAAAUCUGCGUGAUUAAAGUGGAAAUCAAGGACCUGAAUGACAAUGCACCCAGUUUCCCCGCAGCACAGAUCGAGUUAGAAAUCUCUGAGGCUGCUAGCCCUGGCACACGCAUCCCGCUGGAUAGCGCCUUUGACCCAGAUUCUGGUAGCUUCGGUGUGCAAUCCUAUGAGCUCACACCCAACGAGCUCUUUGGCCUGGAGAUCAAGACACGCGGUGACGGCUCACGAUUUGCUGAACUUGUGGUUGAAAAGAGCCUGGAUCGAGAGAUGCAGUCACACUACAACUUUCGAAUCACUGCACUUGAUGGUGGUGACCCGCCUCACCUGGGCACCAUGGGUCUUAGCAUCAAGGUGACUGACUCUAAUGACAACAAUCCGGUAUUUGGUGAGUCCGCCUACUCUGUGACUGUGCCAGAAAACUCACCUCCCAACACACCUGUCAUCCACCUCAAUGCCAGUGAUCCAGAUGAAGGCACCAAUGGCCAGGUGGUCUACUCUUUCUAUGGCUAUGUCAACGACCAUACUAGUGAGCUCUUCCAGAUCGACCCACACAGUGGCCUAGUGACGGUUACUGGCACCCUUGACUAUGAAGAGGGUCACGUAUAUGAACUGGACGUGCAGGCCAAGGACUUGGGACCCAACUCUAUCCCGGCACACUGCAAGGUAACUGUCAGCGUGCUGGACACUAAUGACAAUCCACCUGUCAUCAACCUACUUUCAGUCAACAGCGAGCUGGUGGAGGUGAGUGAGAGUGCCCCCCCAGGCUAUGUGAUUGCACUGGUAAGGGUCUCUGACCGAGACUCAGGCCUCAAUGGGCGUGUGCAGUGCCGUUUGCUAGGCAAUGUACCUUUUCGGCUGCAGGAAUAUGAAAGUUUCUCCACUAUCCUCGUGGAUGGACGGCUGGAUCGAGAACAGCAUGAUCAGUAUAACCUGACGAUCCAGGCACGCGACGGUGGCGUGCCUAUGCUACAGAGUGCCAAGUCUUUCACAGUGCGCAUCACGGAUGAGAAUGACAACCAUCCACACUUCUCGAAGCCCUACUACCAGGUCAUCGUGCAGGAGAACAACACUCCUGGUGCCUAUCUCCUCUCUGUGUCUGCCCGUGACCCUGACCUGGGGCUUAAUGGCAGUGUCUCCUAUCAGAUUGUGCCCUCACAGGUGCGGGACAUGCCUGUCUUCACCUAUGUCUCCAUCAACCCCAACUCAGGGGACAUCUACGCGCUGCGCUCCUUCAACCAUGAGCAGACCAAAGCGUUCGAAUUCAAGGUACUCGCCAAGGACGGGGGCCUGCCCUCGCUGCAGAGCAAUGCCACAGUGAGGGUCAUAAUUUUAGAUGUCAAUGACAAUACCCCAGUCAUCACCACCCCGCCUCUGAUCAAUGGCACAGCUGAAGUUUACAUCCCCCGAAACACUGUCAUAGGCUACCUGGUGACUGUUGUCAAGGCUGAUGACUACGAUGAGGGUGAGAAUGGCCGAGUCACCUAUGACAUGACCGAAGGGGACCGAGGAUUCUUUGAAAUUGAUCAAGUCAAUGGCGAAGUCAGAACAACCCGUACCUUCAGUGAGAGCUCCAAGGCUUCAUAUGAACUUAUUGUGGUUGCUCAUGACCAUGGGAAGACCUCCCUCUCUGCCUCUGCGCUCAUACUAAUCUACUUGUCCCCUGCUCUUGAUGCUCAAGAGUCUAUGGGCUCAGUGAACUUGUCCCUGAUAUUCAUUAUCGCCCUAGGCUCUAUUGCAGGCAUCCUCUUUAUCACUAUGAUCUUCGUGGCGAUUAAGUGCAAGCGAGACAAUAAAGAGAUCCGGACCUACAACUGCAGAAUCGCUGAGUACUCCUAUGGGCAUCAAAAGAAAUCAAGCAAGAAGAAAAAAAUCUGUAAGAAUGACAUCCGCCUUGUACCCCGGGAUGUGGAGGAGACAGACAAGAUGAACGUUGUCAGUUGCUCCUCCCUGACUUCAUCCCUCAACUACUUCGACUAUCACCAGCAGACGCUGCCCCUGGGCUGCCGCCGGUCUGAGAGUACCCUUCUGAAUGUGGAGAACCAGAAUAAUACUAGAAAUCGAAAUCCCAGCGCUAACCACAUCUACCAUCACUCUUUCAACAGCCAGGGACCCCAGCAGCCAGACCUGAUUGUUAAUGGUGUGCCUCUGCCUGAGACUGAAAACUAUUCUUUUGACUCCAAUUAUGUGAACAGCCGAGCCCAUUUAAUCAAAAGCAGCUCUACCCUCAAGGACUUAGAGGGGAACAGCCUGAAGGAUAGUGGACAUGAGGAGAGUGACCAGACUGACAGUGAACAUGAUGUCCAGCGGAGCCUGUAUUGUGAUACUGCUGUCAAUGAUGUGCUGAAUACCAGUGUGACCUCCAUGGGAUCUCAAAUGCCUGAUCACGAUCAGAAUGAAGGAUUUCAUUGCAGGGACGAAUGCCGGAUUCUUGGCCACUCUGAUAGGUGCUGGAUGCCCCGGAACCCCAUGCCCACCCGCUCCAAGUCGCCUGAGCACGCGAGGAACAUCAUUGCUCUGUCCAUUGAAGCUACUGCAGCCGAUGUUGAAGCUUAUGACGACUGCGCUCCCACUAAACGGACUUUUGCAACCUUUGGGAAAGAUGUCAGCGACCACCCAGUUGAGGAGAGGCCUACCCUGAAAGGCAAGCGAACCGAUGAUGUCACCAUCUAUAGCCCUAAGGUCAGCAGUGCUAUCCGUGAGGCAGGGAAUGGUUGUGAGGCAAUUAGGCCCAUCACCUCCCCUCUCCAUCUGAAGAGCCCUCUGUCUACCAAGCCUUCGGUGUCUUACACCAUUGCCCUGGCUCCCCUGGCCUGUGAUGUGGAGCAGUAUGGCAACAAUGGCCCUUCCCGUCCCUCUGAGGCUGAACCCCGUGGAGCUGACAGCGAAAAAGUCAUGGAGAGUCCUGACAAAGAGUCUCCUGGUGUGAAGCAUCUGAAGGAUAUUGUUCUCUAAAUCACUCUCAAGGAAGAAGAGAAAGAAACUAUCCAGACUAGCAGAAAAACCAGGAGCUGAUCAUUUUAAUUGCUCACUAAUGGUUGGUUCUUAAGUGGCUGUAUUUCAGAGCUUUCCUAAAUGUAUUGUUCACAAAUGACUAUCAUUCUGUGACAAUCCUUCUCAUUUCAAUGGGCAGCUGGGUGUUUAGUUGGAGCAAAUUAGCUUUAGCUUGAGUUGUUAAUGGGGCUUUGAUAUUGGGGAAACAGACAAAUUCAGAUGUGAAAAGUAUUAUGUAUUAAGUGAAUUUAUACAUUUUUCUAUGUCAAAAUUGUAACAGAAAUUACCAUUUUUUUGUGAAGGACUA